AUGCUUCUGGGCCCCUGGCUGGUGGCGGCGGCAGCGGUGGUGGCGGCGGCGGCCGGCGCGGGCUGCCCGGUGCUGUGCAGCUGCCACGGGCAGGCAGUGGACUGCAGCGGGCAGCGGCUCUUCUCCGUGCCCCCCGAGCUGCCGCUGGACACUGGGAACCUGAGCCUGGCACACAACCGCAUUGCCAGCAUCCCACCGGGGUACCUGGGCUGCUACGGGCAGCUGCGCGCCCUCGACCUGCGCAACAACUCGCUGGCGGCGCUGCCGGCUGGGCUGUUCCGCGGCGCCCGGCGCCUGGCACACCUGGACCUCAGCUACAACAACUUCAGCCUGGUGCCCGCCGACAUGUUCCGUGAGGCCAGCGGGCUCCUGCGCCUCGACCUCAGCCACAACCCGGGGCUGCGCCGUGUCCACCCCCAGGCCUUCCGCGGGCUGGCCCAGCUGCGCGAGCUGGACCUGAGCUAUGGUGGGCUGGCGGCCAUCAGCCUCGACGCCCUAGAGGGGCUGCCCGGGCUGGUGGGGCUGCGCCUGGGGGGCAACCCCUGGCUCUGUGGUUGCACCAUGGAACCCCUCCUCAAGUGGCUGCGGGGCCGCAUCCAGCGCUGUGCCUCAGAUUCGCAGCAGGCCGAGUGCUGGGCUCCCCCUGAGGUGGCAGGGGCCCCCCUGCUCUCGCUGACGGAGGAGAGUUUCCAGGCCUGCCACCUCACGCUGACACUGGACGACUAUCUCUUCAUUGCCUUCGUCGGCUUCGUCGUCUCCAUCGCCUCAGUGGCCACCAACUUCCUGCUGGGCAUCACGGCCAACUGCUGCCACCGCUGGAGCAAGGCCAGCGAGGAUGAGGAUGUCUAGGACUGAUGGAGGCAGCAGCUCCAAGGAAGCAACCCCCCAGCUCUGCUUGGGAGAGACCUCAGAAGCUGUGUGUGCCUGGGGAGGCUGAGGAAGUCCCUGCUUGCAGCCCCAAAGCAGCACUACUGGAGUCCCCCAGAUCCUGGCCAUGCUCUCCAGUCUCCUCAAAAUUCCAGGGGGGCAGAAGGUGGUACUGGCACCCAUCUUGGCACCAGGGAACACCUGUGCCUUGCUGGUGACACCAGGAGGUGCCAGGGCAUCACCAGACCACCAAGCCUGGCGGUGGGACAGGCUGUGACAUCUCCCAAAUCCGGGAUCUCCUGGGGACAGCCUCUCCCUCCUCUUCAGGGCCAAACCAGGCACCCAUUGCCCAGCCAGGGGGAGGGUCGGGAGGCAAAAGGAGCAUCAGAAAGGGGAAAAAAAAAAGAAAAGAAAAAAAUAGAAAAAAAGCAGAAAGCCAACGACCCUCUGUCCAACUGGGGCAGCCACGUCCCCAGUGCCUGUGUCCCCUAUCCCCAGUGCCUGUUUCCCCCUCUCCCCCCCAUGUAGGUUGAGCAUGCUGGGGAAGGGGGGGGGCAGUUUAACCCCAACCCACCCCUAAAGGGCUGCAGCUGCACCCCCGACCCCUGUGCUGCCCCCGGGAAGGGGCACUUGGCCUCUGCCUUCUAUAUUUUCUCUAGUUUUUUAUUAUUUUCCUCUUGGUGAGUUCUCCCCAUCCCGCACCCCCUGCACGGGCACUUCCUCCCGCGGCCACCUGGGGGCACCCAAAGCACGGGGUAUCCACCUGCAUCCCACCGGCUCCUUCCUCUGCCUCACCCUCAGACUCUUUUUCUUUUUACGUUUAUUUUUAUUGUGUUUCUCUUUUGUUUCUCUUUGCCUUUUUACUUGAUUGAUUUUCUCCCACUUUCCUUUCCAUCCCUUUCCGUCCCUUUCCCUUCUAUUCCUUCCUUUGGUUUCAUCUUACCGACUCUCCUCUUUUCUCUUUCUUUUCUUUUCUUUUUUCUUUUCUUUUCUUUUCUUUUCUUUUCUUUUCUUUUCUUUUCUUUUCUUUUCUUUUCUUUUCUUUUCUUUUCUUUUCUUUUCUUUUCUUUUCUUUUCUUUUCUUUUCUUUUCUUUUCUUUUCUUUUCUUUUCUUUUCUUUUCUUUUCUUUUCUUUUCUUUUCUUUUCUUUUCUUAAUUUUAUUUUAUUUCUCUCUUCUCCCCCCUCCCGCUCUUUGUACGUUUUGUAACCGCGGGUUUUGUACCACGGGGCACUUUUUCAGCGCCGAACCUCGACAAUA